UAAUUUGGCCACACCCAGAAAAAAGGCAGGACAGCUUUUUUCAAACAGUUUGCAUUUAUGUGUUUGCCUGUCGGAGCAAAGUAGAGAAACAGGUUUAAAUCCUGUCUAUGCCUAGUAGGGACUAAUAGCCACUAGAAGAGAAGUGAAGAAAUAAGAAAACACAAGACACCAUACAGUAUCACCAUGCAGAGCCCCGCAUCCAGAGGCCGCACAUUGUCAGAAGACCAGUUCUCAUGCUCCAUAUGUCUAGAGGUGUUUGUAGAGCCUGUCUCAACACCAUGUGGACAUAGCUUCUGCAAGGCCUGCCUGCAGGGCUACUGGACCCACAGCAACAAGAUUGUAUGCCCCAUGUGCAAGAAGACCUUUUCCAAAAAGCCAGAGCUAUGCGUGAACCGUGUUCUUGCGGAGAUCGCCGAGCAAUUCCAGGGCCUUUCUGUUGCUCAAGGAGGGGGCACUGAAGGUGUGGUUUCGCCAAGACUUGAAGAAAGAGAAGAGGACAGUGGUGAGUUCGCUAAACCUGGUGACGUGCCCUGUGACGCCUGCAUUGGGAGAAAGUUAAAGGCCCUGAAGUCUUGCCUAAGUUGCCCAGGGUCCUUCUGCAAAGCGCACUUGCAGCAUCACCGGAAAGUCAAGGCCAUGUCCAAGCACAAGCUAGUGGAACCCAUCCACCACUUGCAGGAGAAGGUGUGUAAAAAGCAUGAGCGCCUUUUGGAUGUCUACUGCCGAAAGGAGCAUAUGUGUGUGUGCCGUGAGUGCGCCGAGAUUUCACACAAGACACACAAUACAAUCCCAGUGGAGCGGGAAUAUAAGAAGAUAUCGGGUCAACUGGGGACGAGACGAUCUGAGUUGAAACAUCUGAUUAAAGAGAGAGUCAAGAAACUAGAUGAGAUCAAGCAGUCCAUUGCAGUUAUCAAAUCGAGCAGUCAGCGGGAGAUCGAGGAGAGCUGGGCUGUGUAUGCUGAGCUGCAGAGGCUACUGGAGAAGAGUCAGGCCCAGCUGGUGGAGCACAUCACGUUCAGACAGAAGCUAGCUGAGGAGCAGGCACGAGACUUGGCCAACCGUCUGGAGCAUGAGCUUAACAUACUCAAAAACAGGAGCUGUGACCUGGACACCCUCGCAAAUACCCAGGACAAAGUGUUCUUCCUCCAGCUCUUGCCCAAUCUCCCUCCUCCACCUGAACCUACUGAUUGGACAGGUGUGUCCGUGAACACAGACUUGUACCUCGGCACUAUUCGGAAAUCCGUGUCUGCGCUUGUAGAGAAGUUUCAAGAAGAAGUGAAGCGACUCUAUGGGAAAGAGCUGAGAAAGGUGCAGAAUUAUGCAAGCGAGGUGCUUAUAGACCCAUCCACAGCACAGCGAAACUUGGUUGUCUCUGAGGAUAGUCAGCAGGUUCAUUAUGAAGAGGGCCGGAAAGCCUUGUCUCAGUCAGACAACCCGCGACGCUUCAGCCCGGCUCUGUUUGUCCUCGCCCACGAAGGCCUGUCUUCUGGCAGGCACUACUGGGAAGUGGAUGUGGGUCGGAAGACAUCGUGGACCCUAGGAGUAGCUAGGGCAUCUGUUCGUCGCAAAGGAGACAUUCGUCUCAGUCCUGAAGGUGGCUUCUGGUGCUUAUGGCUAAAAAACAAUGAGGUUAAAGCUCUGGCCUCCAGCAGGAUUCCACUCCAGCUGCCCACACUGCCUCAGAAGGUGGGUGUCUACCUGGAUUAUGAGGGAGGACAGGUAUCCUUCUAUGAUGUGAAGGCACAGAAUCACCUCUACACAUUCAUGGACACAUUCGAUGGGAGUGUGUACCCCAUCUUCAGCCCAUGUGCCAGUCAAGAUGGAACGAAUUCAGGAGCACUGUGCAUCACAUCUGUGAAACACAGAAUGGCCUCACCUACAAACAUGCUAGCAGAGGAGCAGGUCCAUUGUUCCAUCUGCUUGGAUGUGUUCACCAAUCCAGUGUCCAUCCCAUGUGGCCACAACUUCUGCAUGGCCUGUAUUGGUGGCUACUGGAAGACCAGUUCGCUCUUCAUGUGUCCCAUGUGCAAGAAAACCUUUUUCAAGAAGCCAGACAUUAGUAUUAACACAGUGCUGCGUGAGAUUGCAGAGCAGUUCAAGGACAUGAAAAUCAAGCCUGUCCUGAAGGAACAGCAGCUCCAGCAACAACAUGAGCCAGAGAAACUCCUGAAAGAUCUGGACUGGGAAAUACCAGAAUUGAUUCCACCGAGUGGGUCUUUAAUUGAGGGAGUGUGUUGUGAUGUCUGUACUGGGCCUCAACAACAGGCUGUGAAAUCAUGCCUUGUUUGCCUCACUUCAUACUGUGAGGAACAUCUAAAGACUCACACGGCAAGAUUCACUAAACACAAACUGAUUGAGCCGGUGCAGAAUCUGGAAGACCGGAUGUGUAAGAAGCAUGAAAGGCUGCUGGAGCUGUUUUGCAAGAAAGAUCAGAUCAUGGUGUGUGUGCUCUGUACAGAGAUGGACCACCGGGCGCACUACACUGUACCGGUCGAAAGAGAAUGGAGUGACAAAAAGGCUCUGCUAAGAAAAACAGAGGCAGAGGUUCAGCAGAUGAUUCGAGAACGACUUCAGAAGGUGGAGGACAUCAAACACUGUAUUGAACUGAAUAAACACAGUGCUCUUAGAGAGAUUGAGGACAGUGUACAGGUGUUCUCAAACUUGGUCCGAAAGGUUCAAAAAGCCCAAGCUGAGCUGGUUAUAGCCAUAGAAGAGAAGCAGAGGAAAACAGCACAAUGGGCUCAGGGACUUAUCGAGGAACUAGAACGGGAGAUUGUCCAGUUGAAGAAGAGGAACAGUGAGAUAGAUCAUCUUGCUCGCACCGAUGACCACAUAUACUUUCUUCAGAAUCUUCCAUCUCUAAUCACUCAUCCACAAACUAAAGACUGGUCUGAGGCCCAUGUGCCCACAAAUCAGUGCUUGGGGACAAUUAGGAGAGCUGUGUCCAAACUGGAGGAAACCCUGGCAGAAGAGAUAGAAAAACUUGCAGAGACUGAGCUGAAGACUGCUCAGAAGUACUCAAUGGACGUGACCCUUGAUCCGGACACAGCCAAUCCUUGGUUGCAACUGUCUGAGGACAGAAGACAGUUGCGCCACCUUGGGGCAUGGCAAGACCUUCCUGACACACCAGAUCGCUUUAACACAGUGGUCAUCACCCUGGGUUGUGAAGGCUUCACCUCUGGUCGCCAUUACUGGGAGGUCCAAGUGGGUGAAAAGGAUGACUGGUACCUCGGUGUUGCCAAAGAGUCUGUCAACAGGAAAGGGCGCAUUGCAAUAAGCACUUCUCAUGGCUAUUGGGCAUUGGCUAUGAAGAAAGGGCAAGAGUACAGAGUCUCCUCAUCACCACCUCUUAUUCUUCCUGUCAACCCCAAGCUGAAGAGAGUGGGUGUGUAUGUGGACUUUGAAGAAGGACAUGUGUCAUUUUAUGAUACAAUAUCAAGAAGUCACAUCUAUACCUUCAUGGACUCGUUCCAGGAGAAACUUUACCCAUUCUUUUAUCUUUACUGCUGUGAUAAAGCCUCAGACAUACUGAGCAUCUGUCCAGUGAUGGAUGUAACACAUAACAAACAGUGCUGAAAACUAAAUCAAGGACAAUCUGAAGAAGUAUAAUUUGGAUUUUUUUUAAUGAUUGUCUUUUUUUGUGUUAUGAAACAGUGUACAUGAUAUUUUGGUGCUUUAAAGUGACAUCUAGUGGCUGAAAUGUAGUGCUUCAAUAUCAACCCUGCUUUUAUGGAGAUGGAAUUGCUGUGCUUCGAAGUGUCAAUGAUUUAGUAACUGACAUGGCUGUUGGUAUCAGGUUUUAAAUAUUAUACUAAUAAAAUGUCUUAAAUGAAAA